AUGGCCAUAGUGAUACCCCUCGGCGUGCUGCCAACACCGACGCUGACAGUUGCAACGGUCGGCGGCAUCCUUCGGGGUCGCGACAACUGCGGCGGUCCCUUCGCCCACGGCGAGGUCGGUGGCAUCCCUCGGGACUGCGACGACCGCGAGCGGCUGCUCGCCGGCCUCGCUGGGGGUCGCCGGGAGUGCCGCAGGGCCGUCGCCAACCACUGCGGGACCUUCCCCAACCGCGUCGCCGCAGUGGCAAGGCGUGCCCCUGACCACCACCACGCCGAGGUCCCGGCCUCCAGCGGCGGCUUCCUCG